AUGAACAAGAAAAAACAAAGAAAAGAAAAUGCCAAAAAGAAACUUAGAGAACUAGAAGAGCAAUUAGAAAAAGAAAAGCAAGAAAAAGAACGUUUAGAAAAAGAGCGAUUAGAAAAAGAGCGUUUGGAAAAAGAAAGACUAGAAAAAGAACAACAAGAAAAGGAACGCCAAGAAAGACAUCAACAAGCUCAACAAAAAGACUAUAAUAAAUCAUACUUUAAUAGGGGACAACAACCACCACCACAACAACAACAGGGUUAUAACUCAAGAGAUGGUAGAGGUCAGCAAAUACCUGGCUAUAAUAGAAAUGAUUCAUUCGAAAGAGAUAAUAGAAAUCAACAGCCAACUCAUAACCGUCAAUAUAGUGGUGACCAAAGACAACCAUAUAACUACAAUAGAAAUGAUAACAGAGGUGAUUUUAGAAAUGAUACUAGAAGUGAUGUUAGAGUAGAAAACAGAAACUCCGAUUUUAGAAAUGACUCAAGAGAUAACAGAAAUGUCGAUAUGAGAGACACUAGAAAUGUUGAUUUUAGAGAUAAUAGAGAUAAUAGGGAUAAUAGGGAUAAUAGAGAUAAUAGAGACAACAGAGAUAACAGAGAUAAUAGAAAUAUUGUUGACUCUAGAGAAAAUAAAACCAUUGUAGACCCAAGAGAUAAUAGAAAUAUUGAUUCUAGAGAAAGUGAACAACACCAAACAUCUCAUAGCCAUCAUCACCAACACCCACAACAAUCACAAUCACAACAACAUGGUUAUAAUCAACACCACACACAACAUAAUCAAUAUCAUCAACAUUCACAUGGCGGUCAUUCACAUGGUGGUCAUCCACACAGCCAUGGUCAAUAUCAAACUGGAAGUGGUUUCCAAAAUAGAUAUAAUGAAAACGAUGGUAGAUGGACCCCACAUGAAAAAAAUACACAAGAACAUAGACAAUAUAAUAAUCAAUAUCAACCACCAUCGUUCAACAGACACCCAUCAUCUGAAAAUAUUCCAAAAGCAAUUUUAUCAAGAUCAAAUAGUAAAGAUGAAUAUCUUCACUUGAAAGGUCCACAAAUAAAUAGCAGGGAUAGUAGGGAUACUAGAGAUAAUAGAAAUUCAUCCGAAAGACCACCAUCAGAAAGAUCUUCUUUAGAAAGACCACAGAUUGAAAGACAAAAUUCAAACCCAUCAUUAUAUAAAGAAAAGUCUUCAGAGAGACUUCAAUAUAAACAAAAACAACAUCACCAUCAACAACCACACCACCAUCAACAAAAUCCACCACAAGAAUCACCAAAACAACCAUUAUCACCAAAACAACCUCAAGCCCCUGUAUUAUCUGAACCUCAACAACAACAAACACAGCAGCAAUCACAACCAAAUACUCCACAAGACUCACCUGCCUCUUCUACACCAAAGCAACCAGAGGUUGUCCCAUGGGCCAAUCCAAUCAACUGGAAUGAGAUUCAACAAAGUCAAGAGCCACACCCAAAAACUUCCUCACAAUCCCAACAAACUCAAACCGAAUCAUCCCAACCACAACAAUCACCUCAAGCCCAAACCCAACAAUCUCAACAAACCCAACAAACUCCAACCCAACAAUCUCAACAAACCCAAACCCAACAAACUCAACAACCCCAAACUCAACAACCUCAAACCCAACAACCUCAAACUCAACAACCACAACCAACAAAAGAAAAUCGUGGAAAUAAAUUAAAUAAUAGUAGUGGAAAUAUUAAAUCAAAUAGAAGACAAGGAGGUGAAAAUGAUCAUUAUAAAAGAAAAAGUAUUAAUAAUAAUAUGAAUAAUAAUAAUAUAAAUAAUAUAAAUAAUAAUAAUAUAAAUAAUAAUAUAAAUAAUCAAAAUGAUCAAAAGAAAAAAAUGUACGUAGUAAAAGGUCAAAACGAUAAUAUUUCUAAAUAA